CACAACAUGGCCGAGAUGAAGACGUCGCUGUUCCCGUACGCGCUGCAGGGCCCGGCCGGCUUCAAGGCGCCCGCGCUGGGCGGCCUCGGCGCGCAGCUGCCGCUCGGCACCCCGCACGGCAUCAGCGACAUCCUGGGGCGGCCCGUGGGCGCGGCGGGCGGCGGCCUCCUGGGCGGCCUGCCCCGUCUCAGUGGGCUCGCCUCGUCGGCCGGCGUCUACUUCGGGCCCGCGGCCGCCGUGGCGCGCGGCUACCCCAAGCCUCUGGCCGAGUUGCCCGGGCGCCCGCCAAUCUUCUGGCCUGGCGUGGUGCAGGGCUCGCCCUGGAGGGACCCGCGCCUGGCCGGCCCGGCCCAGGCCAGCGGGGUCCUGGACAAGGACGGCAAGAAGAAGCACUCGCGGCCGACCUUCUCGGGCCAGCAGAUCUUCGCGCUGGAGAAGACUUUCGAGCAGACCAAGUACCUGGCGGGGCCGGAGCGCGCGCGCCUCGCCUACUCCCUGGGUAUGACCGAGAGCCAAGUCAAGGUGUGGUUCCAGAACCGGCGGACAAAGUGGCGCAAGCGGCACGCCGCGGAGAUGGCGUCGGCUAAGAAGAAGCAGGACUCGGACGCCGAGAAGCUGAAGGUGGGCGGCUCGGACGCGGAGGACGACGACGAGUACAACCGGCCCCUGGACCCCAACUCGGACGAUGAGAAGAUCACGCGGCUGCUCAAGAAGCACAAACCCUCGAACUUGGCGCUGGUCAGCCCGUGCGGCGGCGGCGCGGGGGACGCCUCGUGAGGACGCGGCGGCAAGGCCGGACAACCAGGGUACGGGACGCGGGCCGGCGCCCCUCGCCAGCCGCCCGCGCCGGAGUGUGUAUAUAUAUUUUUACAGAAUAAGUUAUAAAGCGGCCUGGCUCGGGCUCGGCGUGCGGGGACCCCAGAGCGCCCGCGUCCCUGUCCUCGGCGUGGGCGCGGGAUCGGGACCGCCGCUGCCGCGCGUCCUGAGAGGAAUCACUUUGUAUAAUCAAUAAAUUAUUUAACACGU